AUGGCACAGCAGCUUUUUGAAUAUAGUGGACAAGGAAAAGCUUUCAGCACUGAGGCAGAGAAGGUUCAUGGUAGAGAGACUGCAUGUACUUAUAAUGAAUAUGGGAAAUCCUGUGAUAAGUCAGCACUCUCUUCCCAGAAGAUAAAUGUUGAAUGUAAUGUAUGUGGGAAAAUGUUCAGUAAAAAGUCUAAACUUACCAAACAUCAGAAAAUACACACAGGAGACAAACCCUAUAAAUGUAUACAAUGUGAGAAAUCCUUCAUUAGGAAAUCAUACCUUGCAAAUCAUCAGAGAACACAUACACAGGAGAAACCCUUUGCAUGUACUAAAUGUGAGAAAUCCUUCUGUCAGAAGUCAAAUCUAAUUGUUCAUCAGAGAAUCCACACAGGGGAAAAGCCCUAUGAGUGUCAUGAAUGUGGGGAAACCUUCUGCCAAAUGUUAGCCAUUAUUUAUCAUCACCGAAUACACACAGGAGAAAAACCCUAUAAAUGUAUGGAAUUUGGGAAAACCUUCUACCAGAGGUCAGCCCUCAAUGGAAACUUUUUUCAGAAGUCAGUCCUCACUGUACAUCAGAGAAUUCACACAGGUGAGAAACCAUAUGAAUGUAAAGAAUGUAGGAAAACUUUCUACCAUAAGUCAGCCCUCACGGUACAUCAGAGAACUCACACAGAUGAGAACCCAUAUGAAUGUAAAGAAUGCAGGAAAACUUCUGCUCAGAAGUCAAAACUUUCUGUAUAUCAGAGAACUCACACAGGGGAAAAACCCUAUGAAUGUAAUGAAUGUGGAAAAACAUUUUGCCUGAAUUCAAUUCUCAUUAUACAUCAAAGAACUCACUCAGGUGAGAAACCAUAUGAAUGUAAUAAAUGUGGAAAAACCUUUAGCCAGAAGUCAAAUCUCAGGAUGCAUCAGGGUACUCACACAGGGGAAAAACCCUAUGAGUGUAAUGAAUGUGGGAAAACCUUCUACCAGAAGGCAGUACUCACUAAACAUCAGAGGACUCACACAGGGGAAAAACCCUAUGAGUGUAAUGAAUGUGGGAGAACUUUUAGCCAGAAGUCAAACCUGAGGAUGUAUCAGAGUACUCACACAGGGGAGAAACCCUACAAAUGUAGUGAAUGUGGAAAAUCCUUCUACCAGAAGACAGUGCUCACUACGCAUCAGAGAACUCACACAGGAGAAAAACCCUAUGUUUGUAACGAAUGUGGAAAAACCUUUCAUCAGAGGGCAAACUACAGCAGGCAUCAGAAAACUCACAUGGGACAGAAGCCUUGUAAAUGUAAUGGAUGUAGGGAAACCUUCUUCCUGUACCUGAAAGAAUUCACACAGGGAAGAAAUCCCAUGAAUGUAAUGAAUGUGGGAAAACAUUCUACCAGAAGUAAUCCCUCAUGAUACAUGAAAGAAUACACACAGGGGAGAAACCAUAUCAGUGUAAAGAAUGUGGGAAAAGCUUUUGCCAGAAGUCAACCCUCAGUAGACGUGAGAGAACUCACACAGGUGAGAAACCAUAUGAAUGCAAAGAGUGUAGGCAAGCUUUC